CGUCAGUCCCCGCGGCUGUUGGUUAGCUGGACCCAUAGCUGGAGCCUUCGAGGGUUCUGAUCGGUUCCAUUUUUGUUUGGGUUCAAAUUCAGAGUCCGGGCGACGGCUUCUAACCCGGCGAUCGACGAACAAACACUUGCGUGGAUUUUUAGUCGCAUUUACACUAAAGCCGGAAACCGCUCCGCAAAGCGAAAGUUGAGGAGUCGCGAUGAGUGUGGAGGCGUACGGGCCGAGCUCCCAGACCCUCACCUUCCUGGACACCGAGGAAUCCGAGUUGCUCGGAGCGGACACCCAGGGCUCCGAGUACGACUUCACGGACUUCACCCUUCCCAGCCAGACGCAAACUCAAGGCCAGACCCAGAGCCAGCUCGACGGCCAGGUAAAUGGCCCAGAUGAGGGUCUUCACAACGGUGGGCUGGAUGACUCCGUGGCCAAAGCCAGUCAGCUGUUAGCUGAGCUCAACUUUGAGGAGGAUGAAGAGGACACGUACUACACCAAAGACUUGCCCGUGCACGCAUGCAGCUACUGUGGUAUCCAUGAUCCAGCGUGUGUGGUGUACUGUAACACCAGCAAGAAGUGGUUCUGUAACGGACGUGGCAACACAUCUGGCAGCCAUAUUGUGAACCACUUGGUGAGGGCCAAAUGCAAAGAGGUGACGCUGCAUAAGGAUGGGCCACUGGGAGAGACGGUGCUCGAAUGUUACAACUGCGGCUGCCGCAACGUCUUCCUGCUGGGCUUCAUCCCAGCAAAGGCCGACUCCGUGGUGGUGCUCCUCUGCAGGCAGCCGUGCGCCAGUCAGAGCAGCCUGAAGGACAUCAACUGGGACAGUUCGCAGUGGCAGCCGCUGAUCCAGGACCGCUGCUUCCUGUCCUGGCUGGUGAAGAUCCCGUCAGAACAGGAGCAACUCCGAGCGCGUCAGAUCACCGCCCAGCAGAUCAACAAGUUGGAGGAACUCUGGAAGGAUAAUCCCACCGCCACCUUGGAAGACCUGGAGAAACCUGGCGUGGACGAGGAGCCGCAGCACGUGUUGCUACGCUACGAGGACGCUUACCAGUACCAAAACAUCUUUGGCCCUUUGGUUAAACUAGAGGCUGACUACGACAAGAAGCUUAAAGAGUCACAGACCCAAGACAAUAUAACAGUUAGGUGGGACCUGGGGCUGAAUAAAAAGCGGAUUGCGUAUUUCACACUGCCCAAGACGGAUUCAGGUGAUAUGCGGCUCAUGCAAGGUGAUGAGAUAUGCCUGCGAUACAAGGGAGACUUGGCUCCGCUGUGGAAGGGCAUCGGCCAUGUCAUCAAAGUCCCAGACAACUACGGGGAUGAAAUUGCCAUUGAGCUGCGGAGCAGCGUUGGAGCCCCGGUGGAAAUCCCCCACAACUUCCAGGUGGACUUUGUGUGGAAGUCCACUUCUUUUGACAGGAUGCAGAGCGCCCUGAAGACGUUCGCAGUGGACGAGACCUCCGUGUCUGGUUACAUUUACCACAAACUGCUGGGCCACGAGGUGGAGGAUGUCACCAUCAAGUGCCAGCUGCCAAAGCGCUUCACUGCCCAGGGCCUGCCAGACCUUAAUCACUCACAGGUGUAUGCUGUGAAGACUGUUCUGCAGAGGCCCCUCAGUCUGAUCCAGGGUCCUCCGGGCACCGGGAAGACUGUCACCUCUGCCACAAUUGUUUAUCACCUGUCCCGACAGGGCAAUGGGCCAGUUCUGGUGUGCGCUCCCAGUAACAUUGCCGUGGACCAGUUGACCGAGAAGAUUGACAAGACUGGGCUGAAGGUUGUCAGGCUGUGCGCCAAGAGCAGGGAGGCCAUCGAGUCUCCGGUGUCUUUUCUGGCUCUGCACAACCAGAUCAGCAACAUGGACAGCAUGCCGGAGCUCCAGAAACUACAGCAGCUGAAGGAUGAGACCGGUGAGCUGUCAUCUGCUGACGAGAAGCGCUACAGGGCUUUGAAGCGCACUGCUGAGAGGGAGCUGCUCAUGAACGCUGACGUGAUCUGCUGCACCUGUGUCGGAGCUGGAGACCCUCGUCUGGCUAAGAUGCAGUUCCGUUCCAUCCUGAUCGACGAGAGCACCCAGGCCACUGAGCCCGAGUGUAUGGUGCCGGUGGUGUUGGGAGCCAAGCAGCUCAUUCUGGUGGGCGAUCACUGCCAGCUGGGCCCCGUGGUGAUGUGUAAGAAGGCGGCUAAGGCAGGUCUGUCCCAGUCCCUGUUUGAACGCCUGGUGGUUCUGGGGAUCCGGCCGAUCCGCCUGCAGGUCCAGUACCGUAUGCACCCGGCUCUCAGUGCCUUCCCCUCCAACAUCUUCUACGAGGGCUCCCUACAGAACGGCGUCACUGCAGCUGACCGCAUCAAGAAAGGUUUUGACUUCCAGUGGCCACAGCCAGAUAAGCCAAUGUUCUUCUAUGUGACUCAGGGUCAGGAGGAAAUAGCCAGCUCUGGAACCUCGUACCUCAACAGGACUGAGGCCGCCAACGUGGAGAAAAUAACCACCAGGUUGCUGAAGGCCGGAGCCAAACCCGAUCAAAUCGGCAUCAUCACCCCAUAUGAGGGUCAGCGCUCCUACCUGGUCCAGUACAUGCAGUUCAGCGGCUCCCUGCACACCAAACUCUACCAGCAAGUGGAAAUUGCCAGUGUGGACGCCUUCCAGGGCAGAGAGAAGGACUUCAUCAUCCUGUCUUGUGUCCGUGCCAAUGAGCACCAGGGCAUCGGCUUCCUGAAUGACCCCCGGCGUCUGAAUGUGGCGCUGACGAGAGCCAAGUAUGGCGUGAUCAUCGUGGGGAACCCCAAGGCCCUCUCCAAGCAGCCGCUGUGGAACAACCUGCUGAACAACUACAAGGAGCAGAAGGUGCUGGUGGAGGGACCCCUGAACAACCUGAGGGAGAGCCUCAUGCAGUUCAGCAAGCCCCGCAAGCUGGUCAACACCAUCAACCCUGGAGGACGAUUCAUGAGCACUGCCAUGUACGAUGCACGCGAGGCCCUCAUCCCCGGCUCUGCUUACGACCGCAGCAAUGCUGCCGGACGUCCGUCGAACAUGUACUUUCAAACGCACGACCAGAUCGGGAUGAUUGGGGCGGGCCCGGGCCAGAUGGCUGCGAUGAACAUCCCCAUACCCUUCAACCUGGUGAUGCCGCCAAUGCCUCCGCCCAGCUACCUGGGUCAGCCCAACGGCCCUGCUGCAGGUCGUGGAGCGAUGAAGGGUAAACCAGGCCGUGGUGGACGACAGAGGGUCCGUGGCUCGGGAAGCCAGGGCAGUCAGGGUAACGGACCGAACAGCCAGGCCAGCCAGGACGGAGCGUCCCAGUCCUUCUCCCAGGGGCCCCUCACGCAAGGCUACAUCUCCAUGAGCCAGCCCUCUCAGAUGAGCCAGCCUGGCCUCUCCCAGCCGGAGUUGUCCCAGGACAGCUACCUGGGCGACGAGUUCAAGUCCCAGAUCGACGUGGCUUUGUCCCAGGACUCGACUUACCAGGGUGAACGUGCGUACCAGCAUGGUGGGGUGACCGGACUGUCACAGUAUUAAAGUGUCACCUGAAGAAGGGAGCUAGGCUUGAGCUGAGCUUAGUUCAUCAGCUUUUUAAUCUGGGAAAUAAUAAAAACAUAAAAUGGAUACCUGUUUUCCUCUGCUACAACCGAAGCACCACCAAGUGAACGCGACGGGAUAGCGAAACCAAACCAAUGACCAGAGAAAUGAGAAGGUAGAAGACGAAGAAGAGAGCGCGAAGAGAACGGGCAGGGAGGAGGCGAGAGAUGCCGAGUGAAGGAGCGAGGGCGGGAACCGAUGCCCGUGCGUAGAGAAGGAGGGAGGUCGAGAGGAUGGGCGGCGUGCGGUCGGGCUGCUGAGGGAAGCGUGGGAGAGAUCUCAGCGUUCUCUCGUGGGAAUCCAAACGAUGUUUCAGCUCCCAACAAAGUAAAUCAACCCAAACACGGUUCAACCCCGCAGCCUCCGGGAAAAGCUCUGAGAAGGUUUCCACACCCGUCUUUGGAUGAGGACCGAAGCUUUUCAGCGGAAUUUGAUCAAUUCGUUCUCCAAACCUGGACGGACUUGGUUGCAGAAAGCUCAGCACAAAUACCCCACCCCCCAACCCCCCACCCCGCCCUACACAAACACACACACACACACACACGCCAAGUCAGAUGUCUCCGAACCUGUUCAAUGUCCUGGACUGUUUUUAAAUUAGGUUUACAGCGGGAGAAGAGCGGCAGUAGCAGUCUUCUACUGGGCCCCAACCACCUCAGCAGCCUCUGAAGGAAGCGGCAGUCGACACCCUCUCAAGAGAGGAAACAAAAAAACUCUGGUUUCUGUGCUCGAGUCUGACAUUCGAAGAGCCUUGAGUUGAAAUACCUUUUUCACUUGCCUCGAGCACCACUGGCUCGUUCACAAGGUCUUUAAUCGAGUGGUUUCGUACCACGCGUCUGCGGUGGAGCGGCACAGGGAUUUCAGACAGUUUCUUCAAGGCAUGAGGCGCGAAUCCCACCGGUAUCGCGGACAUCAUGGGACAGUUUUUCUUUGAAGUACCUUUCUUACGACAGAGCACAAAAUUGCAAAAAAAAAAAAAAAAAAACAAACAAAAAAAAAAGUCACUGAAACUAUCAAACAUGACCAGCAUUGAAUAUUCAACUCGGUGUCAUUUGAUGUUUCGGCCAGAGGCUUUUCUUUAUUUUAAUCGUUUGUAAAAAAAAAAACGGGGGUGGUUGUUGACGACCCGCUGUGCUUCACGACCAGAUGUCUUUUAUAAAACACUCUGCGAGCUUUGAUCGGCAAAUGAUGCCUGAAUACUUGGCGCCGAGUGAGUCCUCGGGGAGGAGGAGGGAAAGGGGGGAGGGGGGGUUGUGGACUGUCCACACGCUCAUCACACCAAUCCCUGCUCGAGGUGAAAGGAGCGAAACGAGGGCGAGGGUAGAGGAGGCGGUCGUGGCAAUCAAUCCACCACAAAUAAGAAGUAGAAAAGGAAGGUGGCUGAGUGGGGGCAGGGGCUAGUUCAGAUCAUUGCCAGGGUCAAACAUUUAGAGGGAGUGGGGGGGUGGGGGGGAACCCAGCGUCUGUUCACACAGUCUUUUGAUUUUGUGAGUAAUUAUGUCAAUUGGGUUGGAAAAAAAAAAAUUGAACGAAGGAAAAAUGUGUUGAAAAUCUUUCUAUUAUUAACCCCAUGAUUUAAGAAGUGAAUCCUGGGAGACCUUUGGUUCCCGUGAGGAUGCAAACGUUUCCGACACCUGCGGCGUAAAUGCCAUCGCCGGAAGAUGGCACGGAGGUAAAAAAAGAGAAAGAAAAGAAA